AUGCUAGAUAGAUUUAAUUCUUUGAGAAAUAAGAGCAAAGGAAAUCCUGCUGCGUUGAUUGACUAUCAGUUGUUAGUAGCUGCAACAAACAAUUUUCAGGAAAACAAUGUUUUGGGUGAGGGUGGAUUUGGACGGGUGUACAAAGCUUGUUUCAGUGAUACCUUUCUUGCAGCUGUAAAGAGACUCCGUGGCAUAAGUCAUGAUGCUGAAAGAGAAUUCGAGAAUGAGAUGGAUUGGUUAAGUAAAAUCAAGCAUCAAAAUAUUGUUUCGCUAUUGGGUUUCUGCAUUCAUGGCGAGGCAAGAUUUCUUGUUUAUGAGAUGAUGCAUAAUGGGUCUUUGGAAUCGCAAUUGCACGGUAUUUUUUUUUUUUUUAUUUCAUUGUCCACAUGA